UGAAUUUUCCCUCGAUUGAAUUUUUCCCCUUUGCAGCAUCAGUAGCACAGAGCCAGCCUCCGUCCAGACUACGUUGUUCCUGCUUGCUCUGUUGGGAAGCAAGAUUACGCACAAGGACAGCAAAUAAACAGAACCAAAACAAACCGCGCCGCCUUUCACAGGCGGGAUUCAUCUUUCUUCCGUGCAGGAGCAUCUCGAGCUCGCGUUGAUUCACGUCAAAGGAGGUGAAAACAGAGCAGGAUGUCAGCCAGAGGAGGAAAGAAGAAGGCCACAAAGCUGUCCCGUUCAGCCAGGGCAGGUGUCAUCUUCCCUGUGGGGAGGAUGAUGAGGUACCUGCGCACUGGCACGCACAAAUACCGCAUUGGCAUGGGGGCGCCUGUCUACAUGGCAGCUGUCAUCGAGUACCUGGCAGCUGAGAUCUUGGAGUUGGCAGGAAACGCAGCACGGGACAACAAGAAAGGCAGAAUAACUCCCAGGCAUAUCAAACUGGCUGUGGCCAAUGACGAGGAGCUCAACCAGCUUCUGCGGGGGGUGACCAUAUCAAAUGGAGGUGUUCUGCCUCGGAUCCACCCAGAGCUGCUCUCAAAGAAGAGGGGAAGCCGGGUGAAAGUGGACAGCCAGUCGUCCAUACCUGAAAAGCAGGAAGAGCGCUCAAAGAACAAGAAACCUGUCAAAUCCUUCAAGAAGGUUAAAGGCAAACGAGGCCGAAAGCCAAAGAGCGUAGACAACGACAAAGAGUCUGUACCAAACUCCACAGUUGAAGACGGUCCAGGAGAUGGAUUCACCAUCCUGUCAGCAAAGAGCCUGUUCCUUGGACAAAAGCUUUCCCUAACAGAGAGUGAAAUCAGCAAAAUUGGAACAAUCAAGGUGGAAGGGAUAAUUAACCCAACAAAUGCAGAGAUGGACCUGAAAGACGGAGUGGGCAAUGCUCUGGAGAAAGCUGGAGGCCGAGAGUUCCUGGAGGGAGUUAAGGAGCUGCGGAAAGCACAGGGGCCUUUGGAGGUAGCAUCAGUCUUUCACAGUUAUCAGUGGGACCUCACAGACCACUAGGGGCCAAAGAAGAUUACAAAGAAGGCAAAACCAAGCCAUGAAGUCCAAGGGACUGGGCUCAAUAAUUGUGAAUAAGAAAAAGUUUAAAACACCAGGACUCUUCCUAGAGUUACGUAGCUCUCUGGCCAAACUGAGCAACCAGGUAAGAACGGCUGUAAGACCUCUGCAGAUAUGGAAGAACCUGCCAGAAGGAUGAUUAUCUCAGCAGCCAGCAGCACUCCAUCAAUCAGGUCUUUGUGGUAAGUGGAGAGACAGAGACCACCUCGAGUAACAGUCCAGUGGCAUAAAUGGCAUUUAAAAGAGUGUGGGGAGUAUGAAGAAAAAAUGUUUUGGUCUGAUGAGACAAAAACUGAACUCUUUAGGCAGACCUCCAACAUCAGGUACUGCUCAUCACCUGGCUAAAACCAGCUCUGCAGUGAAGCCUGGGGUUGUCACGCAGCAUCAUGCAGGGACAGGGAGAAUGGUCAGAGCUGAGGGAAGGAUUGUAGUUGGAGUAUAUACAACCUGGAACUAGGGCAACAGUUCACCUUCAAACAUGACAGUGACCUGAAGCAUCCAGACAAGACAACGCUGGAGUGGCUUUGUGACAAGUCCAGCCAAAAACCCAGACUUAAACCUCAUAGAACAUCUGUGGAGAGACCUGAAGAUGGCGGUUCACAGACGCUUCCCAUACAAUCCGAUGGAGCACAAGAGCAUCUGCCAGGAAGAAUAGGAUGAGCUGCCCAGAUCCAGGUGCACAAAGCUUGUAAAGACUACCCAAGAAGACUCAAAGGGGGUUCUACAAAGAACUGAAUUAAGAGUUUGAAUACUUUUGUAAAUGAGAUUUCACUUUUUGAUUUAAAAAAAAUUCUUAAAACAUGAUUUCUUUUUGUCAUCAUGGGUUUAGAUUGACGAGCAAAACGGCAGUUUUCUAAGUUUACAGUCAAAGCUACAACACAAUAAAGUGUGCAAAAGUGAAGUGGUCUGAAUACUUUCUGAAGCCACUGCAUGUGCAGCUACAGGGAUUUUCAGGCAGACUUGAGUUGGGUUACCUGAACUAGCUCACUGAACUCCUCACCUGCUCUGAAACAGGUGAACCUCAGAGGAUCAGAUCAAAACCUGUCAACAGCCAAACUACUGACCAAUCAAAUCACUGGAAAAACGGAUUCAUCAUUCCUAUAGGAUCCUGACAGGGACAAAAGAGUUUACAAUAAAGUGAUCAAUAAUAAAGAUCAUUACAUGUUUGUAUAGA